UGAAGAUGUUGGUGAAAAUAGUUCUGUCGGUGGCUUUGUGCGUUUUUGUGAGCUCGAGCGAACCGGAAUGUUCUAGAUUUCACUAUGAAGAGAAAACGCUUGAAAAGAUUAUUAAAACUGAAAUAUAUGUGGACAAAAUAAAAUCGGAGACUGAAAAUAUGCAGCAAAAAUGUCCAAAAAAGUUAAUAGAAUUCAAGAAGACUGGGAGAAAACGAUGAAGGAACUAAACGAUGCGAAAGCAGACAGUAGGAAAGCUUUGGAAGAAAUCAAAGACAAAGCUGAAAGUCUUCUUUCAACCGUGCAAGCAGUAGCCUUCCUGGCACACAAUAUAAAGAACACUGCGCCAAGCAAUGGUGAGACAAUGGUAUUUAGCACAAAACACUUUGACGUCGAUUCCAGCUACAACAACGAAACAGGAAUCUUCGUAGCACCUAUGGCCGGAAUCUACAUGUUUACCUUGCAGCUGUGUAUUACAUCAAACAGAUACAUUUACUUUGAAACUGACACAACAAAGGGUCCUAUUCUAAAAGGCCGCUUCAUCGACGACGGAGGUAACUUCGGCGGCUGCCAAACAGCCACAACUGUUGCAGAACUUGGUAUAAAGGAACAUGUGUGGAUAGAGAGUGGACAGUCCACUAGUGGGACUGAAUUGUGGAAGAACUCGUAUAUAUGGAAUAGCUUUUCUGGUGCUCUGAUAAGCGCAGUUACAAAAUAGACAAACUAUUCAGUUGUUUUACGUGUUAACGAAAGUCACACAAUGUUGUAGUUUCUAAUAAAUAUACAGUAGUCAAAAUUCUUUUUACAGAACUUAAAAUAUUCAUUCUCUCCCUCCACUUAUACUGGGCUUGAAGAUGUUAAAACAUUUGUUACAAAAGCUUUGGUUG